UUGCUGCAGAUGUCGUGACUGAGUAUUUCCAUCACAACGUCUCUCUGGUGAAUAUACUCGUCGUUGCCGCCGGAACAGGCCAUUUACGCGAACAGAAAUGACAAAAGAGGAAGCGAACAAAUGUACACAUAUAUGGAUGCCAGAAGAGUCGGGCCAAGUGUUGGUUGGCUUGCCUUAUCGCGCCGGGCUCCCGAAAGAGGAAGUGCUUAAAUUUUACUCCAAAUGGGCCGCGGAUGGCAAAUAUGAACAGGAUUUGUGUUUAGAGGAUUACAAGGGACCAGUGAUUGCAGCGAACGCCCUAGCAAAGCAUUUCGGGAGCAGCAUACCACAGACGAAAGUAUUAGAUGUUGCCUCAGGAACAGGCAUGGUGGGCAAACAGCUUCAGGACCGAGGAUUUAAGCAUCUGGAUGCUCUAGAACCUGCUGCAGGGAUGUUGGAACAAGCCAGGAAGAAGAACAUCUACACCAAUCUCUACUGUGAGUUCCUGGACGGCAAGCGUCUCCCAAUAGAUGAUGGGGGUUUAGUAUGCAUCGUGAUGAAGGAAUCAUAUCUCUCACAGUGCAAGGAAUACAUGGAAGGACUGGAGCAGCUGAUGAAGGAACUGGAGGAUGCUGGGAAAUGGAAACGGCUGUCCCGUCACGUUGUGCCAAAAUACUCUUAUGACGACAAUGGUGUUAUCUUCAGAUUUAGGAUAUGUUGA